AUUUAUCACUAAGGACACGUCAUAUCGAAGUAAUUGAAUUGCUUCAUAUAAACAAAUUCAUACAAUCGAAUGGUACUAAAAUGGCUAGACCAGUUUUAAUAUUAUUUUGUUGGAUUAUAGCUGUGGUAACAGGAGAUAUUGUAGUCGAUACUGAGAGUGGAAAAGUAGCUGGUGUUGAAGUGAAAUCAAUAGUUCAGAAUGAAAAGUUUUAUUCGUUUAUGGGUAUUCCGUAUGCCGAACCACCGGUUGGAAAUCUUAGGUUUAUGCCUCCACAACCGCAUCCAGGUUGGAGCGAUGUUCUAAAAGCUAAGAAGGAAAAGAAACCGUGUCCUCAACAAAAUAUUUCGCUUAGAGGUCGACCGAAUUUUGGAUUUUAUGGGACUGAAGACUGUCUACAUUUGAGUGUGUACACUCCGCGUCUUCCUGAUGAUCAACCACUUGACCUUCCUGUGGUAGUAUUUCUAUACAAUGAAAAUUUCAAAAUGUCUCACAAUGCUUCCAAAGAAUUUGGACCCGAUUUUUUCAUGAAUGAAGAUGUAAUUUUAGUCACAAUUCAGCAUAGACUUGGUGUUCUUGGUUUCUUAUCUUUUGAAGAUGAUUUACUACCUGGAAAUAAUGGAAUCAGGGAUGUUAUUUUAGCUUUGGAUUGGAUUAAAACAAACAUUAAAAAUUUUGGUGGUAACCCAGAUAAAAUAACACUGAUGGGUAGUGAUGGUGGUGGUGUAAUAGUCGAUAUAUUAUUACAUUCUCCUAAAGCUAAAGGGUUAUUUAGCGCAGCAAUCAUUCAAGGUAGCAGUUCUUGGGGUUCGUCUUUCUUUAAUGGCGAUGGUAAAAAAAGAGCUAUCGCUUUAGCAGAUAAACUUGAAAGAACGGCUAAAACGAGUUCAUCCAUCCUGAGACAAUUAAAUGACUUCUCUGCCGAAGAAUUGACAGAAAAUGAAGACUAUGCAGUUCACGCUGACGAACCACGAGCUAAGCAAAUUGGCGUCAUAUCAUUUGGCCCAAUAGUGGAACAUGAACAUCCUAAUGCUGUGAUAACUAAACUACCAGAGGAAGGUGAAAUUGAUAUUAAUAUUCCGAUCAUGAUAGGUCGCAACUCCAGAGAAGGAUUAGAAAUCUGCGAGAGAUAUUUUAAACGACCACAAUUCCUUACAUUUGCUAAUCGUGAUUUGCUUUUAGUUUUUCCAAUCAGAGUAGAUUACCAUUUUGAAGUGACCCAUAAGAAAUACUUUGAAGUAAUCGAAGAACUGAAAAAACAUUUCUUCGAGGAAGGAUACGUAAGAGUAAGCGGUAUAACAGAGUAUGUUUCCUAUUUGACUGAUAUGUUGGGUCUGUAUCCUUUGGACUACACAGUUAGAAAAUAUGUUAAUGCAUCUAAAGCUCCACUUUAUUACUAUACUUUUGACUACAGCGGCGAAUUCAACUACAGAAAGCAGCUUGCUCUGGACGAUGCUGUAACUCUCGAUGGGUCCUGGGGAGCUUCAAUAUCAGACGAUUUGUGUUAUUUGUUUGUAUGCAAACCUAUCAAAAAGGCUUACCUGCAAGCGAUGAAAGAAGAUGAUUCUGAAGAUAUGAAGGUUUUAAGAAAUAUGGUGAAGAUGUGGACGAACUUUGCUAAAACAAGGGACCCUAAUCUCCCUGAAGGAAACUUCAAGUGGACACCAGCAACCAUAGAAAACAGGGAUACUCUACUCAUCAAUGAAGAGCCAGUCAUGAAACAGAAAAUCGGCGAAGAAGCCAUAACAUUCUGGGAUAAUUUCAUAGAAAAAUACAGGAAUAUUGCAGUGAAUGGCGUCAUCAAAGAUGAUGAGAAAGAUGAACUUUAAAAUUAGUUAGGUAUUAUUUAUUAUGAAAUUAAAAAGGGGCUUAUAAAAUAAAAAUAAAAUAAAAUGCGUUUAUUUCAGGCAUAGCCCAUACUGUUAGUAAUCCAAAAACUCAAAGUCUGUGUUAGUAAUAAACACGAUAAUUAAUAUGUAUAUCUUUGUCGAGCUGGAUGUGAGUCCAGUGCAACAUAAUGCCACUGUCCACAUCCAGCCUCGCUGCCACUAUCUGCAUUAUAAAAUACAUGAAAUAUUGAAAG